AUGCCAAAGUCAGAUGACAGCCCUUCUCAGCCCGACAAACCUGCAGUCACACCCCUUCACCCUGCAUACACUGUCACCAAUGUUCAGUCCAAGAUUCGGACCCUUGAUGGCACCAAAGUAACAUAUUCCCAAUGGGUCAAGCUGUUCACCUUUCAUGCCAUCGCUUACAAGGUUCUAGACCAUAUCGAUGACACCCAAAAACCAACCAAAACUGACCCUGAUUACGAAACCUGGAAAGAAAUCGAUGCUUUGGUCUCUCAAUGGAUCUAUAGCACGAUAUCCGAUGACUUGCUGGGCACCGUCCUUGACACCACCGCUUCGGCUCGAACCACUUGGCUACAACUUCAGAAAAAAUUCUUGGGAAACAAGCAAGCCAAGGCAGCAGCUCUGGAGACUCGUUUCGUUAACCUUACACUCGCCUCAUGUGCCUCAGUCGAUGAUUAUUGCCAACAGUUGAAAGAGCUAGCAAACCAGCUCUCGGAUGUGGAUCAACCUGUUACUGAGAGCCGAAUGGUACUGCAGUUGGUCAGAGGUCUUUCAGCCGAAUUUGACACCACUGCCCAACUAAUUCAUUCACAGCAGGCCGACUGGGACACGGCCCGUACUAUGCUUAAUGAUGAGGUUAUUAGGUUAGAAGCUCGGAAACAACAAUCCUCUUCGGUCCUCUACACACCCGCCUCUACAAACCACACCACUAAUCAGCAAACACCUGCUCACUCUUCAGAAAAUAAUCAACAGCAGCAGCAGCCUCCCUCGUAUAGGGGUAGAGGCCGCGGACGUGGUCAGGGCUACCGUGGACGUGGAGGAAGAGGAAGAGGAAACAGGGGUCAAUCACCUCCAACACCUUGGAAUUUUUUGAACUACACGGGACAGCAGCAGCAAUUCCCACAGUGGGCGUGGUGGUCCACCCCCCCGUGUCCAUACCCCACUCAGAAUACAUGGAAACCCAACCCGACCCCACAGCAUCCGUCAGCAAAUUUUGCGGGUCAGCCACAUCCGGCCCCACCCCCAUACGGGCAUUCACCUUCGGGUUUCGAUGCUCUCAGCCCCUCGGAUCUCAGUGCAGCCUUCCAAACAAUGCAGUUACAAUAUCAAGAUCCGAAUGCUGUGAUGGACACUGGAGCAGAACAACAUGCCACGGAAAAUCGAGGAUCUCACAACGGGGCGUCUGCUUUCCCGCCACAAUAGCACCGGCAACCUCUAUCCCAUCACUCCACCAACGCUACCACCACAAGCAUGUUUUCUCGCAUCUACAACUUUGCCUUGGCAUGAUCGUCUUGGACAUCCAGGGACUCAAGUUUUAGAUGUUCUUAGCAGACGUUUUGGUUUUUCAUGUACCCAUAAUAAAGUUUCUAAUUUAUGUCAUUCUUGUCAACUUGCUAAUAGUAAACGUUUACCGUUCUUUGAAUCUUCUUCCUUUACAUUUGCACCCUUUGAUAUUAUACAUUGUGAUUUGUGGACAUCUCCCAUAACCAGUAAAACCGGAUAUAAAUAUUAUAUGGUGCUAGUUGACAAUUUUUCAAACUUUAUUUGGGUAUACCCUCUUAAAUACAAAUCAGAAACUUUUCCUACAUUUGCUAAAUUUCAUAAACUCAUUGCCACCCAAUUCAACAGAAAUAUCAAAACUUUCCAAUGUGACCUAGGGGGCGAAUUCGAUAAUAACGCCUUCAAACAAUUUGCCCAUCAACAUGGACUUUUGUUUCGCUUUGCGUGCCCUCAAACGUCAUCUCAAAACGGGCGUGCCGAACGCAUGAUUCGCCGUCUCAACGACAUCAUCCGUUCCCUCCUCAUCCAUGCCCACCUGCCUCCUAUUUUUUGGGUCGAAGCCCUCCACACCGCCACUUAUUUGCACAACAUUUUACCCACAAAACGCUUAAACUACUACACACCUACCUUUGCACUAUACCUACGACACCCGACCUACGAUCAUCUUCGUGUGUUCGGGUGCGCGUGCUACCCAA